GAGCAGAGGAGGUUUAAUGGAAAUCGAGCGUAAGCUGCUGCGUCUUCUCCACGGCCACAAUACUCGAACCCGUUUACCCGAAAUCCACGCCCAUCUUCUGCGUCACUUCCUUCAUGGUUCCAAUCUCCUUCUCGCCCACUUCAUCUCUAUCUGCGGAUCCCUCAGCAACUCUGAUUACGCCAACCGCGUCUUCUCUCAUAUCCAAAACCCUAACGUUCUGGUCUUCAACGCCAUGAUCAAAUGCUAUUCGCUUGUCGGUCCGCCUCUAGAAUCUUUAUCUUUCUUCUCUUCCAUGAAAAGCCGGGGAAUUUGGGCUGACGAGUAUACUUACGCGCCUUUGCUCAAAUCCUGUUCGUCUCUUUCUGAUUUGCGAUUUGGGAAAUGCGUUCAUGGUGAGCUUAUAAGAACUGGGUUCCACCGUCUUGGGAAAAUUAGGAUUGGGGUGGUGGAGCUUUAUACUUCCGGUGGGAGAAUGGGUGAUGCACAGAAAGUGUUCGACGAAAUGUCUGAGAGAAACGUUGUCGUCUGGAAUCUUAUGAUUCGCGGGUUCUGUGACUCCGGGGACGUUGAAAGAGGUCUUCAUUUGUUCAAACAGAUGAGCGAAAGAAGCAUUGUGUCGUGGAAUUCGAUGAUAUCUAGCUUGUCUAAAUGUGGUAGAGAUCGUGAGGCUUUGGAGCUUUUCUGCGAAAUGAUUGAUCAAGGUUUUGACCCUGAUGAGGCGACUGUGGUUACAGUCUUGCCAAUUUCUGCAUCUCUAGGAGUGUUGGAUACCGGAAAAUGGAUUCAUUCUACCGCAGAAUCCAGUGGUUUGUUUAAAGAUUUCAUCACCGUGGGAAACGCUUUGGUAGAUUUCUACUGCAAAAGCGGCGACUUGGAGGCAGCAACGGCUAUAUUUAGAAAAAUGCAGCGUAGAAACGUUGUUUCAUGGAACACAUUGAUAUCGGGAUCAGCCGUAAACGGAAAGGGAGAAUUUGGGAUAGACUUGUUUGAUGCUAUGAUAGAGGAAGGGAAAGUAGCUCCAAAUGAAGCGACAUUUUUGGGGGUUUUGGCAUGUUGCUCAUACACAGGUCAGGUGGAGAGAGGAGAGGAAUUGUUUGGUUUGAUGAUGGAAAGAUUCAAACUUGAGGCGAGAACCGAGCAUUACGGUGCCAUGGUAGAUCUAAUGAGUAGAAGUGGGAGAAUCACAGAGGCGUUUAAGUUUCUAAAAAAUAUGCCCGUAAACGCAAAUGCGGCAAUGUGGGGGUCGCUGCUCAGUGCUUGUCGUAGCCACGGAGAUGUAAAGCUAGCAGAAGUUGCAGCAAUGGAGUUAGUGAAGAUUGAGCCAGGGAAUUCGGGGAAUUAUGUGUUGUUAUCUAAUUUGUAUGCAGAGGAAGGGAGAUGGCAAGAUGUGGAGAAGGUACGAACGUUGAUGAAAAAGAACCGCCUUAGAAAGUCUACUGGCCAAAGCACCAUUUGCGAUGUUUCAGUCUGAGAAGUAGCUGGUUUUUGUCAAUAGAGGCCAGACUUAUUGCUAAAUACGGUAAUCAAGUUCAUUUGUAAGCACAUUUGUAUUUUUCUGGCUCGGUGAAAAUGCGGCCACCAGGUUUGAUUAGUUUCUAAUGAAUUGAUUAGAAC